AUGCGCGCAUUCAUGGUACUCGCCUGCGUGGCGCUGGCUUACGGCCGCCCCGAGCCUCCAGUAGGCUACAGCUACUCAGCCCCCAGCUCUGGAGGAUUCUCAGGUGGACAUAGAGGAGGUCACUCUGGUGGACACUCCGGUGGCAUCUCCCUUGGUGGUGGCCACUCUGGAGGCGGUCUUUCCUUCGGCGGUGGUCACUCCGGCGGUGGACUCUCAUUCGGAGGCGGACACUCCUCUGGAGGACUUUCUUUCGGAAGCGGUAGCAUUGGAGGAGGCAGCAUUGGUGGAGGAAGCAUUGGCGGUGGAUUCGGAGGUGAUGAUUCCGGAUACGCUGGUGGAUAUUCCGGUGGCGCUCUUGUCCAGAAACACAUCUACGUUCACGUACCACCCCCAGAACCCGUAGAACAGAGACAGCCCCGCAUUCCUGAAGUUGCUCCUCCCCAGAAGCACUACAAGAUCAUCUUCAUCAAGGCCCCGACUCCUCCUACCCCCACUGCCCCCAUCAUCCCCAUUCAGCCCCAGAACGAAGAGAAGACCCUCGUCUACGUCUUGGUCAAGAAACCCGAAGAGCAACCCGACAUCGUCAUCCCCACUCCCGCGCCUACUCAACCCUCCAAACCCGAAGUUUACUUCAUCAAGUACCAGACCCAGAAGGAGGGCGGUAUCGGUGGUGGUGAUGCUGGUGGUAUCGGCGGCGGUAUCGGAGGUGGUAUCGGCGGUGGUAUCGGCGGUGGUGCUAUCGGCGGCGGUAUCGGCGGUGGUGUCAGCGGUGGUGACUUGGGCGGUAUCUCCAUCAGCAGCGGAUCUGGCUCUGGUAUCGGCGGUGGUGCUGGCGGUCAUGGUGGAAUUGAAAUCAGCGGUGACUUCGGUGCCAGCGGUGGUGAUGACAGUGGAUCUGACGGCCACAGCGGAGCCACCAGCUCCCAGUACGGACCCCCCGGACACGUGGCGGGACCCCUCCACUAA